GGAGUGACAUCUCCGGGGCAGGAUCUGGCCCAGCCGGUAGUGAGGGAUUCUUGAGAUGGGAUUCUUGAGAGAGUGCUGGUUCCUGCAGGAUAGGGGGGAUACGCAGGGAACAGCCCCAGAAGGGUCAUGGCAGUGGAGCAGGGGCAACACCCAUCCUGAGGGUCCCCCACACCUUAGGCAAUGGGAGCCACCCUGGGAUGCUGGGGCAAAGGGCCCUUCUUGGGGGUGGUCCUGGGACCAGGAUGAGGGGAGUCUAUUGAUCAUGGAACCCUUGGGAAGCGGGAUGAAGGGUGGAUCAGUGGGAAUCCCAUGAGUCAGGGUGGUCAUGGGAGCAGGAUGAGGGGUGUCUGUGGGGUUCAAAUGAGUCAAGGUUCAUGGUGCUGGUUUGGUGGCCAUGUGAGUUACACCAUCCCAAGGGGGAGGUCCCAUUCCAUCCCAUCCUAGACCUUGUCCCCAGUGCCAGCCCCACAGAGGUGGGGCCCAAUCCUUCCCGCCCCUGGCCGUGGGGCCCAGCCCCACAGCAUUUAGGGACCCCCACCCUGAGCCUCAGCAGUGCCUGCCUGGCCUCGCGCUCCUCCAGCUUCCACAGAAGCCCUCAGGGCCACCACGCUCUCCAUGGAGACCAGCAGCUCCUUCCCACAGCUUGGCAUGCAGCAGCCCCUCGAGCCCCCCAAGCAGCAGCUCCCGGGCUACGGCAAGUGCAGCACUGCGGGCAGUGAUCCUGGCAGAGAUCCUGGGAAAGCUGCUGGAUGCAGUGGAAGCAGCGGGAUCGGGAAGGGGCCAAUGCCAAUGGUCUGCAGCACUCCAUGUGGGAACCCCUAUGCGGGGCUGGUGAGCCACCUGCGGGCAUCCUGGCUCUCUGGGAAGACACGGCCCAUGGAAUACCGCAUGGCCCAGCUGGAGGCUCUGGGACGCUUCCUGGAUGACAAGAAGCAGGAGAUCCUGGAAGCCACUGAAUUGGACAUGGGCAAGCCAUCCUUUGAGGCUUUCUUCAGUGAGAUCCUCCUCUGCAAGAACGAGCUCAACAUCACCCUCAACAACCUGUGCCACUGGAUGAAGGAUGAGUAUGUGGACAAGAACCUGGUGAUGCAGCUGGACUCCGCCUUCAUCCGCAAGGACCCCUACGGGGUGGUGCUCAUCAUAGCGCCCUGGAACUACCCCAUCCACCUCUUCCUGGUGCCCCUCAUUGGGGCCAUUGCUGCUGGGAACUGUGCCAUCAUCAAACCCUCGGAGAUCUCCAAGAACACAGAGAGACUCAUUGCCGAAACGCUGAGCUGUUACCUGGACAGUGACUGCUUCGCUGUGGUGACCGGUGGUGUGCCGGAGACCACCAGGCUGCUGGAGAACAAGUUUGACUACAUCUUUUUCACUGGCAGCCCCCCGGUGGGGCGGAUCGUGAUGACAGCUGCUGCCAAGCACCUGACGCCGGUGACGCUGGAACUGGGGGGCAAGAACCCCUGCUAUGUGUCCGACACCUGCAAUGUGGCCAAUGUGGCACGGCGUGUGGUCUGGGGCCGCUUCUUCAACGCAGGGCAGACCUGCAUCGCUCCUGACUACGUCCUCUGCACCGUGGAGAUGCAGGACAAGCUCAUGCCUGCCCUGCGUGAGGCCAUCACUGAGUUUUUCGGCCCCAACCCCCGAGAAUCGCCGGAUUUUGGCCGCAUUGUGAGUGACAAGCAGUUCCGGCGCAUCCGGGCGCUCCUGGGCAGUGGGCGUGUGGCCAUCGGGGGACAGACGGAUGAGGCAGAGCGCUACAUCGCUCCCACAGUGCUGGCAGACGUGCUGCCCUCAGACCCUGCCAUGCAGGAGGAGAUCUUCGGGCCCAUCCUGCCCAUCGUCGUCAUCGCCAACAUGGAUGAAGCCAUCGACUUCAUCAACGCGCGGCCGCAGCCAUUGGUCGUCUAUGCCUUCUCCUGCGACAGCAAGGUGGUGAACCAGGUCCUGGAGCGGACGAGCAGCGGAGGCUUCUGUGGCAAUGACACCCUGAUGCACGUGACUCUGACCUCGCUGCCCUUCGGAGGCAUUGGGAACAGUGGCCUGGGAAAAUACCAUGGGAAGUUCACCUUCGACACCUUCUCCCACCACCGCGGCUGCCUGCACCGGAACAUGGGGCUGGAGACGCUCAACACCCCGCGCUACCCCCCCUACACCCAGCAGAAGUUGGGCCUCCUCACGACCACCUUCGAGGUGAAGCGCAGGGGCACCUGCACCCUGCUCUGAGGCUGCCAUGUCCUGCUCUGAGGACACCACGGAGUUGGCGCAGAGCACUAGGACUGUCCCCCUCUCCCUCUUCAUCAUGCUCCUCACUUCCUCAUGGUGUCCUUUGCCUCGCCUGGA